AUGCUCCGCGACGAGCUCCUUCGGUCUAAAAACGAUGAGAUCGCAAACUGUUUGUCGCGCCGAAAGCGCAAGCUCAGCGCAUUGUAUCUAGCCACGGUCGGGUUUGGCGCGACCGAGGACUCGCAUUACCAGCAAAAGGAACGAGCAUUUCUCGACGCCAACGACCUCUCCAAAGGUCGAUACUUCGAUGAAGCUACGCUUCCACUGCCUGCCCAUGCGCGUGCGCGUUCUCCAACCAGAAGCUCAGUCUCCCCGACAGCAGCUUCUGGUACCAAGGCCAAACCUAUUACCGACAUUACCCCCGCAUCAACCUUCGAUGGCGGUGUUCCGCAGGUGACCGAACCGAUCCAAAGCGAAACACCCGCACCGGCGCAACCUGGAACUGCAGUUCCCAAUGUCGCGCCUACUCCAGAUGGAGCACGUCGGCCAUCUGUGCCAACCAUCUCCAAACCGCCAAAGGAUCUCGAGCUGCUACCGACGGCUGCGCCAGUCCCCCAAUUCUCGCGCGAUCAGAAAGGCAGCGCACCAGUCUUCGAUGCUAAUCAAGAUGGAAACGAAGCCAAGGUUUCUCGCACAAAGAUUGCAGCGACAAGUGCUCCCUCACUGGAGAUCCCCUCCGACACCCACCGAAGGAAAGAGGCACGGCCGUCUCUGACUCUAGGGCCCUCUAAUACCGAACAACCUCUUUCACCCGCCUCCUCUAUCGACCCUUACUCUAAUAAUACACCCGUACCCGCCGCCGCAUCACCCGACACAAGCCCCGCAGAAGAAGUGGCCGAGGAUGCCGAAACAAUCAGUCGUCCACACAAACAUGACCGAUCACGAUUAAGCUUGGUCCCGUCAACCCCCGAUGAGCAAUUGCGCCUCGAACAAGCCAGCUCGAUACAAGAGAGGCCCGCAGAUGUGAAUGCCGGUCAGCCUUCCUCGAACGAGGUAAUCAAGGAGAGCGCAGGAGCUGAAGACGCGCAAGAUGAAAUGGAUAUCGACCGACCCGCUCCCGAGUCUGAAGUGAAGCUAUCAGCAUCAAAAUCUGUGUCGCCAUCCACAAUGGACGUUACUGCUGAUUCUGUUACACCUGUCAAGAAACCGUCAUUGUCUAUCCCUCCUUCUCAGCCUGGAUCGUCACAACCAGAGCGCAUGACUACCCGAGUUUCGUCCGGAGCUAUCCGCCAUAAGUCUGUUUCUGAGAUUCUCGGAGAGACUCCGAGGAGUCACCAUGAGAGAGUCCCACUCACACCCUCUGAGCAAGGCUCCCCCGAUUCUGUUGCCAGAAUGCGCUUCAAGGACCGAAAAGACCGAGAGAAGGAGAGAAGUCGACUUUCAACAGUGGUUUUCCCUAAGCAGCAGCCCUCUCAGCCUGAGUCUACAGACUUGCUGCACAGAGACAUGGAUGCUGUUGCCAAGUUGAACGAGGAACAAGACUAUCUGUUCACACUAUUCUUGAACCGAGCCUACGCUCCCCCACGAGGAACGAACCUCAAUACUCUAUUGGCGUCCGCACACAAGACAUUGAGUACCAACAACCAUUUGCUUGAAUACCAAGAGUCCAUGGAUUGUCGUACUUUACGGCGCAUUUACGCACUUCAAAACGCCAACCGGUGGCCCUUGCGGCAAAUGAAGCGUUCUGUCGAACCUCCCCGCCAAGGAUCACAUUGGGAUGUAGUGCUGGAUCACAUGAAGUGGAUGCGAACUGACUUCCGAGAGGAGCGCAAGUGGAAGCUUGCUGCCGCAAAGAGCUGUGCCGAUUGGUGUGCCGAAUAUGUCAACAGCGACGAGGAACACCGGGCUCUACUGCGUGUUCAAACGAAGAUUCCUUCGCCAACCUUGGCCGAGAAGGAUGCACCAAAGGCCGGUCCCAGUCCGCCUUCUGAGGAUACUGGCGAUGAAGCAUUUGGUGGCUCUCAUCCCACUCCGGACCUUAUUCCAUCUGCCGAGGAGGAGUCCGUCAGUGAUGGAUUCAACGAUGAGCCCAGACACGACCUCCAAGACACUGUGACUCCCGCCGCUAUCUUCUCCCUAGGCUCGGAUGAGUUCAACUUCUCAAUUAACAUGACGCCUGCUGCUGAGAAGCUGCUAGACGAAUUGCCGAUAUAUGGGCCAUUGCAAAUGACCCCUGGGACGAAUGUACUGGACUUCAAAGCACCCCCUGAUUCAGUCUGGAAGACAGAGCUUCUGCCUGUCUCCAAAUUCGCGUCGACCAAGAUCACCUUCCAUGAUGACGAACGUCCUCGCAAGCGGAGCAGAUAUGACUUCUCCCAGUAUAACAAUGAUUCAGAGCAUCGCAUUACUGAUCUUCCUCCGGAGCAAACUAAUGUCGCCCUUUUCCGCCCCGAGAACAAACCCAUCCGGGAUCGCAUUCAUCCCGGGCAUUCAUUCCGGCCUCCAACCGAACACCCAAUGCCAUCUGUUGGGUUCUUUGAAUCACGUCAGUCAUCACAGUGGACUUUUGCUGAGGAUGAUGAACUCCGACGCUUGGUUAAGGAGUAUUCCUACAACUGGUCUCUAAUUUCCAGCUGCCUGACUCCAUCGUCUAUUUUUACUUCUGGCGCUGAGAGACGGACUCCCUGGGAAUGUUUCGAGCGAUGGGUGGGACUGGAAGGUCUUCCGGCUGAUAUGUCCAAGACACAAUACUUCCGGGCCUACCACCAGAGGCUUGAAACCGCUCAACGUACCGUGCUUGCUCAGCAGGCGGCUGCUCAACAACAGCAGCAACAACAGCAACAGCAACAGGGCAACAGCGGUCCGCCUCAGCCACCUAUCCGCCGGAGGUCCACACAGCCUAUUCGUGUUGACAGGAGGCGGUCAUCGAAGCAUCUUGCUUUGCUUGAUGCCAUGCGUAAGCUGGCUAAGAAGAGGGAGACUAUGCUUCAAAAGCAGCAGCAUGCUUCUCAUCUCGCUUCAUUACGCAAGGCCAAUGAGGCUAAUCAACCCAAGCCCCCGAUCUCAUCGCCAGCUGAAUUCAGUCGGCUGAAGUACGACAGAGAGAUGAAGUUGCAGGAAAGGCAAGAGCAAUACCGGCAGCAAAUGAUUGCGCAACAGAGAGCUAGUCUUGCAGCUCAGCGUUCCGGUCAAGCGCCUAACCAGCCAGCGGCAAAUGCCCCAGGGCGCAGCAACACGAACAUGCCUUCCACCUCCAACCCCAGCCUGCCAGGUGGUACUCCGAAUGGAGUGCCUAAUGGCAUGCAGCCUAGUGCCGGUGUCAAUCAAGGCCGCCCUCUGCCAAUGCAAAACAUGCCGGCGGGCGCACAGUCAAACGGCCAGAUUCCCAACGGUAUGGCUAUGAAGAUGAUGCCCAAUCAAAUGCAAGGAACAGGCGCGAGACCUGGUAUGGCGAUGCAAACAUCCCCCGAUAACACUCGCGUCAUUCGAGAAGCGAAUCGAUUGCAGGAGCAGCAGCGCCUUCUCCAAUCUCGGCAACAACCGCAAGGUCAGCAGCAAUUCCACAACCAGCAAUUUUCAUCGCAGGGAUCGCCGAAUCUGAACAUGUCAAAUGGCACCCCCAACAAUCCUGCCAUGAUCGCUGCCAUGCAGGCCCAAGGAGGAAUGCAGAGCCCAUCGUUCCACGGUGGCACGCCUCAAGGCGUAUCAACCCCGUCGCCUCGUAUGGGUCAGCCGAAUCCUCUUUCGAGCGGCAUGGUGCCACAAAUCAGUACGAUCCAAAGCCAGAUCCAGCGCAGCAACCCGAAUAUGCCCCCUGAGCAGAUAACUAAGUUGGCUACUGAUCGACUCAAUCAGUACCAACAGUCGCAACAGCAGCGCUUGUCCCAACAGGCCGCGAUCAAUGCUGCUGCGGGUAGCAUCAAUGCGAAUGCCAUGAACGCGAAUUCUGUGCAGGCUAAUUUCCAAGUUCCCCACGAUGGCAAUUUCCAGUCUCCUUCGGCGCCCAACAUGGCGAACGGUAAUUCCGGGAUGCAGGUCCCUCAAAAUCAGGGAUUUUCCCCGAUGAUGCGGGUUCCUCAGCCUGGCCAACAGAACCGCGCUGGCCCAACUAGCUCGCCCGCCAUGAACGGAGCUGUCGCCCAGCCUAGCCGUAGCGCCACCCCUCAAACCCAACGCAGUGGCAGUGCUCAAGCCGGUGUUCAAGGCUCCAGCAAGAGCCCGCACGCCCCAGCAGCCCAGACAGCAACCAGUUGA